AUGCCAUCCGACAUCCAGGUCUUCGUGAAAUGGAAAGACCAGACGAUUUUCGCGGGCGAGAACGUGGAAUGUACAAUCACAUUCAAGAACGUGGCUGACACAAGCGCCGAGUCCAAUCCGGAGAGUCAACAUUCAAGGAAAGGGUCUCGAGUCGCGAACCACACGAACCACACGAGCUCAAAUUCCGAAUCCUUCUUUGGUUUCACCUUUCCUGGUCGGCGAUCGUUCUCCAUCAGCUCUCAGCGCAAACCAUAUCAUCGAACAGCCUCGUCUCUGAACACUCCCUUGACCCCCGGCUCACAUAGCUUCCCCCCGAAUAACGGCCCCUCUACGCCGCGGACUUGGCAACCCGGUCACAGCCAUAAGCGCUCCGUCUCUAUCCUGUCAAUUGACAGCGAAGGUCAAGCCGAUCCGUCGCCUUCGCCCCUUCAGCAUCAUUCCGCUAGAUCGAAGCCAGCUAGGGGCCAUGGGCGCUCGGCCAGUCUUCAAGUCCCACCAAGGAGGAAUAAUAGCUACGAGGACACUUAUAAGAAAGGUAGACACCCAGCAGCACACGGCAAACCUGAGAAUCAUCAAGCUCAUUGUUAUCGCCCACCAGCGCGAACCCCCACACAUGCUUUUCCAUUUCCAUUGGCGGAAGCACCGAGCGAGCAUCCCAAUGGCAGCCUCAAGGUCGAUACCUCCCACCCCAGUCGAUCGAGCCGGCCUGGAUCUUUAGCAACGAGCCCGCUGGGAGGACCGGAGCAACUGCGGCUCCCUGCGCGACGGCCGCAACCCCCUCCUCUCGACUUCAAAUUCCCAGCCGCACCUUCAACAGAUUCAGCCAGCCGCGGGCCGCGCACUCCAUCGCCACGAUCUGCGACUACAAACGGAACUGUAUCGACGGCCGGAAGGUCUACUCUAACAGAAGGACAGGGAAUGACUGGACCAGCGCAUCAACAAUUGACCCGGAUCAUAUCAGCUGCGAGCGCUAAUGGGAGCAGUCGCAGUAGUGGGGAAUUCUACUCAAUCAGCGGUCACUCUUCUGAGACUUUGGGAUCAGAGUACACAAACUAUUCUGCCCAGGGUGCAAGAGCUCCCCCUACCAUGCGACAUGCCCGCCAUGCAAGCGUGGCGGCGUCCCCUGUGAAAUCUCCCAACAGCCAGGCGCUGCUCAUGGGCUAUGCGCAGGUUAGUGCUUCCUUCACCGUCGAUGGUUCCCUGGUAAACCAGUCGGCGUUUGAAGAAGUAAAGCGAAAGGGGGUGGUGGGUGGCCAGACGAGUUCAGGCGGAUUGCCUGGUCGCCCGAACCCUUCUGCAGAGCGUCCACGCAAAAGCGGCGGGUUCUGGGGUGCACUCAAGUGGAACACGAUUGAAGAGUCCAUCAACGGUCUACUCUCCAACAACGAACUGGAUGGAUUACGUGAAAUGCGUGGUGUGUCAUCCGAGCGCUCAAUCCCAUUACUGUCAACCUCGCAGUCGCUCCUCUUUGUCGAUCUUCGACUGGCCCCUGGAGAAGAACAGUCAUACUCCUUUUCAUUUUCUCUUCCCAAAGGUCUCCCGGCGAGCCAUAAGGGAAAGGCAAUCAAAAUCACAUACAACCUUGUCAUCGGGACUCAGCGGCCUAGUGGCCCCAAUGAGCCCCAAAAGGUCAACCGGAUCAACAUACCCUUUCGCGUGUUCAGUGGCGGCGAUGUUCUUGGACACGACCUGAUGUCCCCGUAUGUGAUUCUACGUGACGAAGCAAAGGUGCAGAAGGUUGGGCCGGUUGCACCAGUUCCGAAGAACCAAGGUCUCAGCAAAUCACACCAUUCAGCUACAGACUUCCUUGGUUAUGUGGAUGAAAUUCUGGCGCAGCGUGCGCGCUCCAAUACGCUUUUCCCACCGGGGGCACUCCCAUCGAGACGAGCCAGUGUUGACGGGCUGCCGCAGCUUUUGACGAGUAAGGAUAUCAUUGAUUUUGCUAUCCUUCGCAGCAAUCAGGCAGUGAACUCUCGGCGCAGCCCUAACCGCUUUGAGAUUGCCCGUGAAGGUAAACGGAUUGCGGUUGUUGUCUUGAACCGGCCGGUUCACCGAUUGGGAGAAACAGUCAUCGCCACAUUGGAUUUUGGCAAUGCCACAAUACCAUGUUAUGCAGUCCGUGCCUCAUUGGAGACAUCUGAGAAGGUCACUCCCACCCUGGCCAUUCGGUCUAAUGCAAGCAUUCACCGAACCACGCGCCGCAUCCAUGCUUCUCUGUUCGAGAACACUUUGCAUGCAACGCGUGUGGCUUUCAGUCCUGCCAUUCCUAUAUCUGCCACCCCAUCUAUUAUCACAAGUGGUGUGACUCUGGAUUGGGAAUUGCGAUUUGAGUUUGUCACACCUAAUUUCCAUCGUGAGACGGGCCCCGGGCCAUCUGGCGCUCGCCUCCUUGAGGCGCUAUCGUCGGAUGAUCGCGGUACCGUGCUGUCUGCAAUGGAGCACUUAAACUGUGACUCGUUUGAGAUCGCCAUUCCUUUGACGGUAUAUGGCGAGACUGUGAGAGAACGACUGCCUGAAGAAAAGGAAGGUUACUCCAUUUAA